AUGCAAGGUCGGAUUAGAGGCCACACCAGUCAGAGUCGCGUCCCAAGGAAGGGCAUGAAGCGGUCCAAAAGUGGUGUGUCGGCGGCAAGUGAAUCCAGUGGUCCAAUCAGAUCUCGCCCCGUCGGCAGUGAUUCGAACACCGACAGCGAUGGCUUAAAUGAGUUUGCGGCCGAGUUAGACAUGGCCAAUGACAUCGUGCACGAACGCCAGUUCCGCGAAGAUAAUAAGGGCAAGGCCAAGCCAAAGAAAUUCCAACCCAAGCGCAGAAAAAUUGAGGACGAUGAUGAAGUUGAGCCACUCGAUAAAGAGGCCUUGAAGGCCCAGAAAUGGCGGCCCAUGAAGGGACGAGCUCCUGAGGAUAUGACCGCUUCUGUGGCUGCCCAGCAGAUGAAGUAUAACCCGCUGAUCAAAAUGCUUAACAUCAAAAUUAACAUCAUUAGUUCCAAUAAUGAAGCAGACUCCAACUCUUCAGAUCAAGACCAUCGUCACCCUCGCACAACAACCGUAUUCGAUUCGCGGUCGCCUUCCCCCCCAGAUGAGAACGUCGCGUCAUCAAUUUGCGGACCAAGGAUUGAGAAAGCAGUCGAAUCGCGGGAUGGAUGCUCAGCACCUGAUGACGAACUUUCUACAACAGAGUCUGAUCCCCCAUUGGACAUAUACGAGGAGCUUCCGACUACUGCUAGUGAAGAUGAAGCUCCCAAGGACGUUCCAAAAGCGGAGAAGCCCACUCGUCCAUCGCGUACUCCUCCACCACAAGAGCCGGAUUAUAAUGACGAACCAACAGAGUCUGAUCCCCCAUUGGACGUGUACGAGGAGCUUUCGACGACUGCUAGUGAAGAUGAAGCUCCCAAGGAAGUUCCAAAAGCGGAGAAGCCCACUCGUCCAUCGCGUACUCCUCCACCACAAGAGCUGGAUUAUAAUGACGAACUUACAACUACAGCUAGUGAAGAUGAAGCGCCAAAGAAACCCGCAAAAACGAAGAAGCAUAUCCGCCCAUCACGUACUCCACCACCACAAGAGCCUGAUUAUAAUGACGAACUUACAACUACUGCUAGUGAAGAUGAAGCUCCAAAGAAACUUCCUGCCAAAUCUGAAAGUGAAGACGAACCUUCAAAAGCUUGCCGCAAGUCAAAGCCUGAUGGCCAUGGCUCGACAAAUCUCCCGUCGGAAUUGUUGACCAUAGAUACAGAUGCCGACCCCAGUGAACAGCCCACCUCAAUAGAUGUCACCGGAAAACAAUCACCUGGCGACUCGGUUCCUUCCAAGAACCAGAAGCAUAAGGUUACAUACCCCCGAAUUCAGUCCGAAUCGCGACCGAAUCUCGAAAUAUGCAGUGAAGAUCAAGACGCAAUUGGACCGUUAUCCUUAAGCAAAACUGUCGAGCUUACCCAAAGUAUAAAUAAAUUUUUGAAACCGUACCAACGUGAUGGCGUCAAGUUCUUUUUCAAACAUUUUGAACAAGGAAAUGGGGUGAUACUAGGCGACGAUAUGGGUUUGGGCAAGACAAUUCAAGUCAUUGCAUUCCUUUCGGCAAUAAUGGGACUCCAAGGGACGCCUGACGAAAAAAAUCGACGAAAAAAUGCGAUUAAUAAUCUACCGCGUAAUCGUUCCUACAAACCCAGCGAGCUUGGCCCUACUUGCCUGGUGACUUGUCCGAAUAGUGUCAUUGAUAACUGGGCUAGGGAGAUCAAGACAUGGGGAUACUUUGAGGCAAGCUUUGCUCGUCCUCAAUCUCUCAACGGGAACACUGGUGGGGCUGAAACUGUCGCAAGAUUCAAUGCAGGAGCAUUUGAUAUUCUCAUCUGCGGGCUCACUUAUGCUAGAGAUCACAUUGAUGAAUUGCGCGACUUGGAUUUUACAGUCGUGGUGGUGGAUGAAGUGCAGCACCUUAACAAUCAUAGAUCUGCCGUGACACACGCUUUUCACAAGUUUAAGACAAAGAUUCGUUUUGGGUUAACUGGCACCGUUAUGCAAAAUAAACUAUCUGAGCUCCAUACUCUUUUCGAUUGGGUUCGGCCCGGCGCUCUAGGAACUCGAGUGAUGUGGGAGGCUUUCGUUGCGCAACCCCUCGUGCACGCGCAGAAGUCGAACGCAUCCGUUUACGAAGUUCAAAAGGGUUCCGAAAGGGCUGAAGCUCUGGUUAAAAAUUGCUGGCCAGAUCUUCAGCUGAGAAGGACCAAGUCUAAAAUUUUGCAUGAACUUCCUCCCAGGACUGAUCAAAUAGCAUUAUGUCCGAUGACAGAAAUACAGAAAUUGGCGCACGACAACUUCUUAUCUGAUCCUGAUGUCGUGAAUAUGACAAAUCACCAUCUGCCAUGUCACUGUAAAAGAGUAGAUGAUAAGGGGAAGCGAUAUGUUCUCGGUAUGUGUUGCGACCAAGGGUGGUCCAAGCGAAUAUUUCCUUACCUCAUCUUGCUUCAGAAGGUUGCAAACCAUCUAGCCUUGACCUGCCCAAAUAAGCAAGAUACAGCAGAAAGAUAUAAGCAAGACAAAUUGUAUAUUAAGAAAAUGUUUCCUGAGGAUGAUUCCCCUCUGGAUCGCCUCUCCUCUAAAUAUGACCCCGAACUUUGUGGAAAAUGGAAGGUUUUGAAGCCUUUGUUAGAGCAGUGGAAGAAAGCCCAAUUUAAGGUGCUCUUAUUUUCUCAAAGCACAAAAAUGAUGGACAUUCUAGAGUAUUGGCUGCAACAAGAUUUUCCAGACUUUGUUCGUCUUGAUGGUACUGUGGCGGUUCGAGAACGAUUUAAGAGAGUGGAAGAGUUCCAGACGGAUCCUGACAAGUUCAUCUUCUUGGCUAGUAUUAAGGCUGCUGGCGUUGGUCUGAAUUUAACGGCAGCGAACAAAGUAGUAGUGAACCAGCCAUCGUGGAAUCCCAGUCACGACGCCCAAGCCAUGGACAGGGUUGUACGCAUUGGUCAAAAGCGGGAAGUUGAAUGCAUACGACUGAUAUCGGCUGGAACUACAGAAGAAUUGAUAUACCAUAGACAAGUUUACAAGCAGGGCCUUUCCGAAGUAGCCAAUACAGGAAAGGCUCUCAGCCGGUAUUUCACCGGAGUACAGGGAGACAAGAAUAACCAGGGCGAUAUAUUUGGAGUGAAAAACAUUUUCAAAAAGCAAGCGAACAAGCAUGCACGUCUUAAUCCAGAGGAAAAUCUCGACGACUUUUCUUACGCUUUCGAUCAAUUUGUGGCCCGUGGAGCGAUAGCAGCAGCUACAAGCAAGGAGAAGUAUGAGCUGAUACCAUUAGAGGGGUUACCACCACUCUCACAGCCAAAUCCGGAAUCAGCUGAAGCGCUCUUGCGACAAUUUGGCGUUGAUAUGUUAUCACAUGGAGAAAUCGUUAAGCCUGCACUGGACCCAGCAAAUCCCGAUGAUCUUACGCUUCCUCGAUCUCAGAGGCCAGCUAACGUCCGAAAGAAGUCGAGGCCCAUCGUAAUAAAACAGCCACCUCUCCGCGGUGCCAAACAAAAGGCCAAAGCUCAUGAAAAGAAGUUUGAGUCGGGUGGUUCAUCUGGGAAUCAUUCUGAUUCCUCAAGCUCGGAAUCGUGGCAUGCUAAACAGGGAAUCACUUCAAAGGAUUUCGGAUUCUUAAAACCUAAAAGAAAAAGAUCUUCUUGA